AUGACGUCACAGUCGUUUCGAGACUCUCUCAACUCGCUAGGCUGGUCACGGCGCGAAGCCGAUGUGCCUAUCAACACCACACAGCGUUCGGGUCUUUUGUCCUCGCUGCAGUCCCUGAAUCCGUUUGGCGAUGGCGGUGGCUAUGUUAGCCUGCCUACAAGCGAGGGCGCCGGUGCCCCGCUGCCUGCGCCGACCAGGCGCGAAGAAGAAGAAGGCUGGUUUGCCUUGAGUCGAUGGGACCGACUGUUGAUCUUCGGCGGCUGCAACCUUGGUGCCCUGGCGUGCUUUGUAAUCUGCUUUGCUUUGUUUCCCAUUGUCGCGACGCGCCCACGCAAGUUUGUUAUCUUAUGGACACUUGGGUCGAUCCUUUUCUUGUCGUCGUUUGCGGCUAUGAUGGGCCCUUGGGCCUAUGUGCAGCACCUGGCCUCAACGCCGCGGCUGCCAUUCACCGCCGCCUACUUUGGCUCCAUCACCCUGACGUUGUACUUCUCGCUUGGCCUUCACAGCACCAUACUCACAUUGAUCUCGGCAAUCAUCCAACUUGCCUGCUUGUUGUGGUACCUCGUGAGCUAUUUCCCGAUGGGCUCAAGCGGUCUGCGACUGGCCACGACGUUCGGCGCCCGCCGGGCCACCGCUUGGAUGACAUCCUAA